AUGGGCUCGAGCCUAAAUCAACACAGACAGGCCCGGGCUUAAGCCCGAAGCCUACAUAUCCCAGUCAGGUUUCUGCCAGUCGCUCUUCACACACAGCACCAUUCCGUUUCCUCUGCUCCGCUCUCUGAACUGCCGUCCGAUCCAGCAAACUGCUUCUUCAGUCUGCAGUGCACCACUGCAGGAUCAGGAGAAAAUGACAAAUGAGAAUAUAACAAGCAGUGAUAUAGAUUAUGACUAUGAAGAUUUUAAUAGUUCCAAGCGCCCAAAAAUGACUUCCAAAGUAUGGGAAGAAAUGCAGCGAAUUCAAACAAGUGAUGGUAGUAAAGUUCUGUGCAAACAUUGCGGAAAGCUUUUGCAAGAUAACUGUGGAACUUCUCAUUUGAAGCGUCAUUUGACGAUAUGCCCCAAGCGUCCAAAACCGGUGGAUGUUAUUGCUCAAGAUCCAAUAUCUUACUCUUCUGUAUAUGUUACCAGAUGUGCGGCCAAAGAAUCUGGAUUAAACACGGUGCUUAUGGCUUGCCCAUUGAAGGUUGAACCUAAAUCCCAGUUCCCAAGUUUUUCUCAGACUGCAAAUGUUCGAGCUCUAACUGUUACUGCAUCCACUGGAAAUGCUUCCAGUCCUGCAGAACUGGAAUCUCCCAGAAAUCAAGAGGAGCUGGCUCUGGAUGAUGUAGAAAUGAAAGCAUUUUAUGCUUCUCUUGAUGCUGAGACCUCAGUUACCUCACCUUCCCAAGAUACCACCAAAGUCAUUACUGAAUUAUCCAACACUACCACACCUUGUGAAGAGACCAAGAAAGCAUUGAAAACACUGCAAGACCUUCUCUCGAAAGACUUCUCUGUUCUGUUGCAUACUGGACAGUGUGGUGCCAUGAAAUCUACAAUAGGAUACCUUUCCAAGUUGUCUGCAGAUGAUGGAAUCUCGGCUGAAAUGAAGUUGUUGAUAUUAGAAGUGUCAAGAGAGUUCACUCGCUGGAGUUGUGACUACAACGAUGCUAGCAAGAAAAUAGAAUCUGCCAGCUCCAACAUCUUGAAAGCAGAUAAACUAGAAGAAGGUCUUGAAGCUAACAAGAAUGAGUUCAAGGAAGUUUUGUCCUUAGAAAAUGAGUUAAGUAACCAGCUAGCAUUUUUGGAGCAAAAAAAGAAAGAGCUAGAAGAGCAAAUAAAUGCAAUCAAAGCUAACUUAUCUGUUUUUCAAACUGCUAAGGUCACGGCUAUUAAGAGAAAAAGGGAAGUUUUUGAAGAAGGAAAGGCUCUCAAAGCACAGAGAGAUGAGUUGAGGGAACAAGUGCCUCACUUGAGGGAUGAGAGGGAAGUGGCCAAGAAAAUCCAAGAUAAUAUUCGAGCUGAAUGGUCAAAGCUUGGUGAAAAAUUUGACAAAAGCUUAAAUGGGGAAAAUUGUGAGUUAUUGGAUGGUAAAUCCAUUUAAGCUUGUCCACCUGAAAGUUGCAUUUAACAAACUGAAUUUCAAUUUUAACUAAUACUGAUAUUCAUACUCAUACCAACUCCAUGGUGAGCUAAAUUAGCUCUGAUAUUCGUUAUACCUCCAUGGUAAAAAGUGAAGCAUUUUUGUAAGUGAUUUUAAUUUAAUGAUCUUACAUUCACUUGUUUCAUUGGACAAAAGAUAUGUGCAGGUUUUUCAAAUUUAUGACUUAAUAUUGAUAAUGUGAAAAAUCAAGUGAUUGAUCAUAAGCUGGUUUUAGAAAUUCGAUAUGUAUGAUGCAGCUAGUUUGUUAUGUUCAAUUAAACCUUUAUUUUUUCAGGAAUAUA